AUGGGUCCGGUAGUGGAGCCUGAUCAACGAAAGCUUGAGGCCGCACUCGGCCACAAAGUCAGUACGGCGGCGUUCAAAGCGUUAUGCAGCAAGUAUGCACCACCGCCAGCACUUUACAAAAGCCGCCAGACCAGAGAACAAACUCGUCGACCAAACGACAAGCAAAACGGACGUCCGAACGGAGUGUAUACCCACAGACCAAACUACGGGCUAGCUGGACGUCCAAAUGGAGUGCAUGAUCGAAGUCCAGCUGCUGACCAAGCGAGAAGCUCACCGCACGCUCAGACUUUCGUCGGUGUGUCCCAGGAUAUUGAGGGCACACUCCAGGAGAUCAGAGAAGAGCCUGAGUGGCAGGCAUUUCGAGACCAGAUCCAGAAAGUCGUGAAACAUACGACCAAUGUUCAGACUGUGAUCUGUUUGGGCUUGGGCAACUGGGUUCCCCGAGAAUUCUGUCAUCGCACCAACUGUUUUGUCGUCCAGUAUGCGGUCUUUGUAUACAUGUGCGAGAAGGUCGAUGAGAGAUGGAGGAACCAGUGCGUAUCCAAUGGUACCAUCCACCAGCCGGCCAGACGAUGCUUCCAAGAUCCUGCUUUCGACGAGCAGACGAGAUACCUCCUACGACAUAUCCCAAAUUUGAGCAAUUCACCAAUCAACAAUAUCGUGCUCGACCCAGCGGCGUCAAAGAUGAUCAAGAACAACAGAGAUACCUUGGUGUUCGCGCCUCAUCUCAAUUGCAACGUCUGGCCCGAGAUUCUGUCUUUUCGUCCUCUGGUCUUCAUUGGCAAUAGCCCAAAGGGUUUCGGUGGACGAGAUAUGGCGGCGACGGAGACGUACAUCCAAGAGUGUGAGAUCAUCAACAGUAAUGACGUGGGCCUGCGAUUCAAAGCGUUGCUGGCAAGUUUCAAGGCAACGGAUACGGAAUAUCAUCAAUCGAAUUUGGAACAGGGUCCUGUAGACCCAGACCACCUCGCCAAUUUGACGAUCUAUCAGCGCAUAAGCUGA